AUGGGGAUCCGAGUGUAUCUUCGGGAGAGGAAGCUCGUCCAGACAUGUCCCCUCUCUGCUAUUGCCAAUACUCGUCUUGGUAUUGAUGCGACGUACUAUCUCUCACACCUGCUCUCCGAUGUCGACUCUAGAGAACCUCUCGUCGCCGCUACCGGUGGUCUACCUCUCGGUAUAAUCGCAAAAAUAGAAACCGAUCUUCGUGCUUUAGAGCGUUUGAACAUAAAGCCAGUCUUUGUCUUCUCAGGUCUUCCACUCGCUUCUCGACCUCCGCAGAAAGGACCCGACCCUCAGGCAGAGCGUGAAACGCAGGUGAAGAACGAAGCGUGGUCAUACUAUGAGAAUGGUCAGGUGGAGAGAGCUAUCAUGCAGCUCACUGCGAUUAGGAAUGGGUCAUGGACGGAUCAUAAGGAUUUGUUGAGGUUGAUCAUCAGGUUGUUCAGACAUCGUUUCGUGGAAUUUGUUAUUGCUCCCUAUAUCGAAUUUGCUCAGUUCGUCGAGAAGACCAGACUACUCGUGGAUCUCAACCUCACUAGCGAACAAUUCCUCGAUAUGGGUAUUCUCGCUGGAUCGUCCCUCUCCCGUACCUUCCCUCCCAUCGCCAACGACUUUGCGGUAAAGACCGUCAUAGAUCUUAUGCGUCAUCACAAAUCUGGUAUUCUCGUUUGCCAAAAUUGGCGAGAAUCCCAAUUCAAGACGCAGAACUAUAUUGAUGCCUUUUGGAAAGCCCGUCUUGCCGUCAAAUGCUCUCUUGUCCUCACCACCGAAGGAUCCUGUGUCCCGUUACCUACAGUGGUCGCACCGCUUGGUCAACCUUUUACCCUCUCUGAUAUACCCGGUGACCUCGACGAGAUCUUCUCCCCUAGGAUCCCUGACGAACUCUACUUCUACAUCUGUAGAGGUCUAAUCAGCUCUCAAGUAGUAGGAUGGAUCACUAGCGGGAUUAUACAUGAAAAUCAACCUUUAGCCGAUACUACCGAUUACCACAGGUUCAUCAAAGAUGUCAUCACCGAAGGACCCACAUCCCCUCGUUGCACCACUAUCGCCUUACUCCUCAACGUCUUACAUCCCGACUGGUCAAAACGUCGGAUCAGCGCUCAUUAUUUCUUUGACCCUCCUUUCGCUGGUCCUCAAGGUACCAACGUCCCAUACAACGACGCCACUACCCAGUCUCUUGUCGAGAAGCUGUCGGGGUGGCAUGUACCCAUGCCUACCAUUGAGUCGGAGCUGCGACGACAGAACUCUUCUACUAUCGACUUAAAGCUCUGUAUAGGUGCUUUAGUCACCGAGGAAUUAGCGGCUCAUACUCGAAAAGACAAAGGAAGCAAGGCACUUGACAAGAAGGAUGAAGUGGUCGCCAAUGUUCUCUGGCGUCUUAUGGAAUUGAGAGGCUUUAUCAAUGCCAAUCACACACAAACUUUAAUCGGUAAAGCGUUGUACGCUGCUAAUGCGGUAUCCCGUGUGAAUGAUAGAUUCCAAGAACCACUUUAUCUCUUACUAGAGUUACUUCGAGCUGGAGUGGUCCAUGGAUCAAAGUGGGGAGGUGACAACUCAGAAACUUUAUCGGGUGGACCAAGUUUCGGAACGGACGAGGAGCAGAAGAGUAUAUUGCUCAUCAUGCGAUGUAUCUCCAUUCUCCCUCUGAUGUCAAGACCCCAACAAUGGGUCGGCCCUUUAUCUCGAGAGUUACUAGUCUUCAACUCUUUUGUCAGAGCAUUAUCGAAAUCCCUUAGACAUCUCUGCGAAGCCGUCUCCGUCCAUAUAUUACUUGCAGGAAGCGCUAGGCGGAACAGAGAGGAUUACCAGGAUUUCAUGCUUAGUUUGCCAUUCCAGAGCGAGGUCAAUACAGGUUUUGGUAUUUUGACCAAAACCUAUCUUGAUGCCACCACCUAUCACUUUGAGGAUACUAUCACCGAGGCUGAUGCGGAUUCUGACCGAGCCGUUCAAGCUAAGAAGGAUGCUUUGUCGUUCGUUGAGCAAUCCUUCUCCAGUGUAAAAUCACCUUUACAGGAAGUCGAAAGGGGUUUCAGAUUUUGGGAUUCAAUCAUGGCAGCGAUACGAUCGCUCGAUAAAGAACAAGGACCGAACCCUUCAUUGGCUCAGAGAGUGGUAGGCAAAGAUGUGAUAGAACAGUUUGAAAAUGCGGACAAGUGGUUGAAACCUGUGAGACCGUAA